GGAGACAACAUCACUGAGCUCAGAGACAAUACCACCAUACAGAAGAGAGAGGACCUGACCAGCGUCACAACAUCCCACUUCUCAACUUUGACCUUUACCCCCUCAGCUGAGCACCACAACAUGAAGGUUACGUGUCAAGUAACCUUUCAGAAAAAACAUCAAAUUGAAGAGACAGUAACUUUGAAUGUGACAUAUGUGAAAGACCCCCAAAUAACUGGAAAUAAAACAGUGAAGGAGGAUGGUACCCUGGGUCUGACCUGCAGUGUUGACAGUUACCCACCAUCUGACAUCACUUGGAGUAAGAACAGGACAAGUCCCCCACUUCAGAAUUACACUGAAAAGGCCACUCUCACCAUCUCCAAUGUGACAAGAGAACAUGCUGGGGAGUAUGUGUGUACAGCGCAACACCUCAACAGGACUAUGACAGCUUCCACUGUUGUCACUGUGAUGUACCAUCCUGUGAUUCCUGUGAUUCUUCCUGGCUCUGGGUGUGUGGAUCAGGCAGAGGUCAUGACCUGUGUGUGUGUCAGUCAGGGGGUUCCCUUACCCCUCAUAGAGUGGCCACUGCUGGAGCUCAACACAGAGAAGUACAGCCUCACUACAUCACCUGCCUGUUAG